AUGGACUCAUCCUCCAUGGCUAAUCUUGAUAGCAUGUCUGGUAUGGAGGGCACGGGGAUGGAUAUGGGCUCAGAUGGCAUGUUUCGGCCGCUUAACCAGAUGCUGGCUCGCAUGUACUGGUACCUCGUCGCCGCCUUCUUCGCGUCUGCAUUGUUCCUCAAAGGUCUUGGAGCCUUCGAGUCUUGGUCACGUAAACGGUCAUCGCGUGCGCUUUCCCUUUCUCAUCCUACGAGACCUCGGGAUUUGGCGUCCCGAGCAUAUGCCACAUCAGUCGCAAUCUUCAGAGAAGUGUCUUAUCCUCAAGUGGUCCACUUCAUCCGGCCGGGCUGCGCGUGGUUGACUCCUCCGCCUCUAGGGCCGUCGCUGGUCAUACUUACAUACUGGAUCAUCAUUGCCUUGUUCCUGACAACAGGGUCUAUUAUCCACGAUGCAUAUUAUUGGGAGCGUGUGGGAUUUAGAGCGGCAUGGGUGUCUGUCACACAGGUCCCUUUUAUCUUUCUCCUGGCUGGCAAAGUCAACAUUGCCAGCUACCUUCUCGGAUCAUCUUAUGUCGAUAUGAAUUGGCUGCAUAGAUGGGUGUCUAGAACCCUUUUUGUGACGGUCACAAUCCACGGCUCAUUUUUCUUAAGUGAAUGGGUGCGGGCGGAUUUCGUUCGCAUUGAAUUGGCGAUGAUGCCGAUGGUCAAGUACGGCUUUGGACUUUGGGCAGUAUUGGCCUGGACUACGAUCAGCUCUCUCAUCCCUCUCCGGCGUCUGUGCUACGAAUUCUUUGUGCUUCAGCAUAUCCUCUCAGCCGGCGUUUUCCUGUGGCUAUUGCAUAGCCACGUGCCUGCGUAUGCAUCAUAUAACGUCUGGAUGGCAGUGGCUUUCGCACUUUCUGGUCGAGUGUACCAAUUCUGUAUCUUGCUCUGCCGUAACAUUGCCAUUCGGAAAAAGACGUUCGGCUUGAUUGCAGGCAAGCGACUAGGCCACUCCGCGGAAAUACAGGCUUUGGCUGGAGAAAUCACAGUGCUGACUGUCCAUGAUGUUGGGUUUUCUUGGAAGGCUGGGCAGCACGUGCUCUUGUGGUGCCCAACCUUAGGACCUCUGGAAUCGCACCCUUUCACAAUCGCAAACAUCCCGGAUGGAGGAAAUCGCGAGAAGAGCCCCAACAAAGUGCAAUUGAUCAUACGCGCUCGCUCUGGUUUCACACGAAAGCUAUUCCGACGGGCUGUUUCCUCCCAGGCCACCUCCUCAGCUGCGGUGACAGCCUUCCUGACAGGUCCCUUCGGCAACCUUCCAACUUGGAACACUUAUGAGACUCUCGUUCUCAUCUCCGCAUCCACCGGUGCCUCAUUUACCCUCCCAAUUCUUGACACUGUCCUCAAAGACCCUUGCUGCGUAAGGAGGAUUGACUGCCUUUUAUUGAUUAGGUAUAAAUCGCACAUCGACGGCUACGUUUCACGGCUGCUCGCUGCAGCUUCUAAUCCGAAGGUUUCGUUGCAUAUCAUGGUUGCCGUCACAAGCAAUGAGGAGGAUCCAGCCUGUGAAGACGACGCUGCAUUGAAAAUCGGCAAUCCGUCGAAUUUCAGCUCUUUCGACACGCUUGCUAAGACUCUGAUGCAAACGAAGACAGAACGAUCGUCCUUUAGCUUCGACAAGGUCGUUGUUGAUUCCAAAAUCGAAGGCUCGAUAGAAGGAGAGGAGCAUAGUGUGGGGAUCAGAGUUAACAAAGGACACCACGAUCGUAGUCCUGAGAAAGGCAGCUCAGUCCAGUAUACAUUCGGGAGACCAAGUCUUGCGAGCUUUGUGCGCAAACCCGUUGAGGCGUCGGCAGGAGAAACCUCCGUUAUAGUCUGUGGGGGCAAGGGCCUGACCUCCACGGUACGAAAUUGUGUAGCUACGUUAUCAGAUGAACGGGCAGUUCAUAAAGGUACCGGUGCGCAGGGUAUCCAUCUUCAUGUCGAGGAGUAUGGAUUGUGA